ACACAAGUCAGCUGAUCUUAUUCACAUGACAGCCCCCUCCACAGCGGGGCAAAUCCAGAGCACCGGUGCCGUGAAAGUACCUCAGAGAAAACGCUUCAGACGACGGAAACCUCCGUAUCAGAGUUCGUUUAGGAGCCACGAGAAGAACAUGAUUUUCUAAGGAUAUCGGACCAGCCGCAGAGAGCCAACAAUGUCACAAGUAACACACUAAAAGCCUGCACUGAAAGGAGCAACCGGAGGGUUAGCCUAAUAGCUUCAGCACUGUUGGUAAGUUGUUUGCAUGUAAGUCUAAAUUAAAGUUUUUACAAACGAAAAAACACAUUUUUCUCUAAGAUGAAGAAAAAAAGACAAAAGCCAUAUUUUAAAACUGCUCAUUGUUUGUAGUGAGACAUAUUGCACAGACAAACAUAGGCGAUGUUGUUGCUAAUAAGCAAUUAUUUUACAUAUGUUGUUUCCUAGCUCUAUCGUGUGCCGAAUUUACAUUAGUUUAGCAUUUUAACUUAGUAUUAGGUUGUGUGCGUGAUUCGUUACCGACUUUUACUUGCGAAGUUAUUUGCCUUAAAACAACACAUUUUUUGACUGAGGUUUGGUUAGGCUGUUAAUGUGAGUUGUCUCGUCACAUGCAAUGCUGAUGUGUGCUUGUCUUCUUCCACUCUCAGAGAGGCUGUUCAUUCCCAGUCUCUUUUUUGGUAUUUACUUCCUCAAGGAAUUUACACUCAACCUUCAUCAUGAGUCCAGAAGGAAAGAAGCUCUUGAACAUCCUCAUCCUCGGCUUUGGCUUUAUGUUUAUGUUCACUGCUUUUCAAACAUGUGGCAAUAUAGAGGUAAGUUUGUCCCACAUUGAUCACACAUAUCUUCAGAUUAGAUAAUCUGUCAUCAGUCUGAAAUGGUUUGUCUUCGUUGUGACAGCAAACAGUGAUCAAGAGCUUCAACAGCACAGAGUUCCAUGGGAGUGGAUACACGAGGUAAAGGGCUCCUGCUCUUAUAAUCACAUAUAAUUAGAUUAUGUUUUAUUUUUGGUACACAACAACUGCACUGAUGUCAGACUUAUCUUAACAAACUGUAGAUAAGUAGUCCUCCUAAUGUUGACGAAAUUCAUUCUUAAGAAAAUCUGUUAAGGAUAAUUAAAUCUUUGUUAACCAUAACAGAGUUUGCUCUGGGCUAAUUGUAUAGUCUAUUCAACAUGAUUUCAAUCAUUCAAAUCAAGUGGUCAAUCCUGCAGUCUUGAACUUGUGGUCUGCCAUCUUUCUGGACAUUUUGGGGAUAUAAUUGGCGGAAGGGACAAAAAAUCACCAUAAAAUUGGGUCAUAGCAUUUAUUUGUGUUCACUCAGCUUUAACAUCACUCUCUUAAAACCCAGCAGACUCAUUGACAACAACACAUAUUUUACCUCUUAGAACAUGCAAGUUGCACAUCUACACUGGCCACUUUUAAGUGAUAUUUGUUUGUUUCACAUUGAUGUACUUUGGAUCUGAAACUUCACAGAGCAGUACAGUCUUGUAGCUUUGACGAAGGCUGUAUGGCUUAUGCACAUGAUUUAUUUUUGCUGCACUGUGCUGAGUCAAAGACAUACUUCAGUAUGGGUACAAUAACAUGAAUAAGCUUGUGUUAUAUCUUAUACAUUAUAUUACAUCAUUUCAUAUUGUGCCAAAUUGUAUUGUCUUGUAUUGUACUGGAUCAUGUUUUAUUGUUCUGUAUUGUACUACGUAUUGCACCUGACAAUGUUUGAAACUCUGAAACAAACUCUGAGUUUAACUAAGAACCACUAACUUUUGCUAUCUAUUCCUUCCAGCAUGGCCAUCAUUUAUGGAGUUUUCUCUGCAUCCAACCUGAUCGCUCCAUCAGUUGUGACUGUCAUUGGGCCGCAGCUGUCAAUGUUUUUUAGCGGGCUUUUGUACAGGUAAGAUCACACUGACCUAAACAGUCACUACCUGAUCAGUAACAACAAAUUCAAGGUUCUUACGUGUCUUUAAACGUUGCUUUUCUAGCGGCUACAUUGCUAUGUUCAUUUAUCCGUACACCUGGAGCUUCUACACGGCGUCUGUGCUUGUUGGAAUAGGAGCAGCAAGUACAUAAACAUUUUCCAAAGAUCAUUUCUAGCCAUAUGUUAGUCCUCUUUGUUUGUAUUUUCUGAUUUUUCUCUUUUCUGUGCUUCAGUUUUGUGGACAGCUCAAGGCAAUGUACUCGCUAUUAACUCUACUGACACUACCAUUGGAAGAAAUAGUGGCAUAUUUUGGGCACUGCUGCAAUUCAGGUGAGUCUCAUUGUUUGCACCUGAAUGGAAACAUGAUUAUUUAAACUUUUGUGAGUUCUAAACAAUAAAAAUACAACUUCUUUGCAGCUUAUUCUUUGGAAAUCUUUACAUAUAUUGUGCCUGGCAUGGACAUGUCCACAUAACAGGUAAGCUCCAUUAGGAAAUCUCGUCCUCACGUGUUCAUUGCUGACUCUUGACUUCUUAUAAGGAGUUUCAUUUUGAGCGUGUGACUCAUGUUGUGUUUCCUAGACAAAGACCGCCAGACUGUGUUCAUCUCUCUCACGGUGAUCAGUCUAGUCGGUUGCUUCCUCUUCUUCCUGAUUCGGAAGCCAGACCCAGAACCCUGUGCGUCUGAGGCGUCAGAGUCUCUACUGCAGGCUGAAUCCACAGAGAGCAACUCCUUAGCAAGGUGAGGGCUAUGAGGGAUUCUGGAAACAGGAUUUUUCCUCCAUGAAAUUAAAAACAUUGAAUUAAUCUUCCUGGUGAAAGUGGUGAGCUGUCUUUAAACUGUGCAACAAAAUUCUUACUAGUUCUUUGUGAAAGACUUAUGUCUUCAAAGUGUCGGUCAAAACUCACAUACUGGAACUUCUCCUCGGGCAGAAUUAGGCUAUUUGUGCUGGUGUGCUUUUAGAAAAGGAGGAAACGCAGUAAGUGUUUUGAAGAAUCAUCAUAAGUCUAUAAAUACUUGGUGCUGGAAAGCUUGAAUUUUGUCUGCCAUUUUUAGACAGUGACAUUUAAAACAAAUGUACUUUAAACAAGUCUUUACUUAGAUUCAUAAGGUCAUAAAAGUGAAUCUGACCAGAUCAUCGUUCUUUAAAGCUCCUGUGAGGAGCUUAUUCAUGUGUAUGAAAUACACUGAAAUUCAUAUUGUUCCCUUUUCAUGAUAUUUAAAAGCAACUAAGACCAUGAAAAACAAGGUUAAAGGGAUAUUCCAGCAUAAAAUUAAUUUAGGGUCAAACACACCGCAACUCCGAGUUAGACACCCCCUCUAGAGAUGAAUGUUGCCGACCGCUUGCUUCUCUAGUUAAACCAACUUUAGUAACAACCGCACGAUAGCAAUACACAGCGGUCUUAAGAGCCAUAAACAAACCUCGACCAAAACGCCACUCUUUAGCUCUAAAUGUUCUUCCUUGAGCUGCGUCACCUCACAGCAGUCGGUAAUGGACUGGCCCAAGGUCUUGCUACAAAUAAGCGGCUGCUGGAAGAGAGUAGGUGAGUUGUGUUUAAUCUCUGCUAAAGAAACUAGGCAAAGCAUAAAAGAUGUUUGGUGGCUAGUGCUACGACUAGGACCCUAUAUGUACUGUUGAUGAAGUUAGGUGCUGUUCUGAGCAUUAUUUGUGGCUAUAGAGUGGCUUUUUGGUUGAGGUUUGUUUAUGGCUCCUCAGACCGCUGUGUAUUGCUAUCGUGCGGUCGUUACUAAAGUUGGUUUAACUAGAGAGAUUGUGAUGGCUGUGAUGUGAAUCUUGGGAGCCAAUACAGUGAUCCAAACAUGCACCAUAAGGGUUUAGUAUUUCCCCUAAAAUGCUGAGAUUGCUGUUAGAGGUGUCUGACAACCUAACAGAGAGGUUACCUUCAGACGUGCAUGUUUUUGAUGAAGUGUAGAACGCUUGUCUAAAAGGAGAUUGUCGUUGUGUCACUUAAAUCAAAGCCACCAGACUCCAUUUGAAAAAGCAACUAUUUAUACCCUUCACCACAAAGGCUCUGUUUUAGUCAGUGUUAUUUUUUCAUUUAUUUUGCAUGACACAAAUAUAAAGGCGGAUCCAAACCAACCUUUUUAAACACUUAAGUCACAUUAUAAGAGAAAUUAAUGGAGAGCAGAAUGCAUGAAAAUUCAAUACAAUCACAGUAUAUGGUGUCUUUCCACUUUAUUUACCAUAUGAGGCAGAGCUUUCUGCCGACACACAAAGAGGGAAAUACUAAUUAUAAUGUGAACCCAACAUGUCCAAAAAGAAGUAGGAUGGAGCAGCACAAACAAAUAAACUAGCAUGUUUUGAUUGUAGUAAAGCAGGGAUUUCAGGAAAAGACCAUAUUAAUCACUAUUUUUGUCAUUGGAUUCUCAGGAUUUCUUCUUUCUGAAAAAAUUAAUACACUUAAAAUAACUGUAUUAGCCACUCAUUGGCAUUCAUAGGCUUUCAGUAGUGUAACUUUUUAUCAGGCACGUGCCCACCCAAGGAUUGUGUCGCAGUCUCAACGUUAUGUUCAAAUUUUUCAGACCUGCUUGUCAUUUAGACCCAAAAUGCAAAAAAAAUCAGAAUUGAAAAUACUAAAGGGGCUCAGUGUCCAUUUUUCAGCUGUAACAAGUUCAGCUAAGUUCACGCAACUUGGAGUCCAUGUUGGGUAAAAUGAGCUGCAUGGGGCGAACAAUUUGUUCUGUUAAUGGCGCUCUUGUCUGAAAUAAAUCAUCUCCACUGGGGUUAAACUAGGGAGAGAGGUCUCAGUGGCAUCUCAGAUUCCACAUAAAGUUAAGCCAUGUAGAGACGUACAGAACUAAUCCCAUGCGGGACCUGGAAAUGGCAAUCAGGAGAUACUUAUGGAGGUACUUUUUUUUUAUAGUUGUUGUUAAGAAGCCCAAAAUAUCCUGCUGUGUCUCUGGCGUAGUCUCUUACUUUCAUUUCCAGCACCAGGCGGUCUGACAUUAUUCAACUUCCUGUGGAAAGCUCCCUGGAAAUCUUUGGGAAAAUGUGUUUCUAAAGAUAGAUGAGGGUCCUGGUUACCCCACCCCAGAGCAGGAAAGGUAUUUUCUUAUAGAGCAGUGCUGGAUGAGACAGGCGACCUUUUACUGUAAAUGCUAUCCUUUGUUGCCUUUUCUACAUUUCUCUUUGAAACUGCUGAGAUACAGUCGCCAUGGUGCACCAGUCCAGUUCAGAAGUGAGGUUGAAGAUGAAACAUGGACCUUUGUACGAUCAAGGUCAAUAGGUGAAGCUCAAAAAUGUGUUCUUUUUCCCAUAGUAUGAUUCAAAGAGUGCAACUUCUAUAUACUCCAGAUUUAUCGCACACAAAGCGUCUGUGUGUCGAAGCUCUUGAUGCUCAGACUCCAGCGUCAGCCCACUCCUUGUGAAGCUCCUUGAAGUUCUUGAAUCUGCUUUGUUUGACAGUCCUCUCAAGCCUGGGCUCAUCCCUGCUGCUUAGUCUCCAUUUAAAUUAAAUUAUGGAGAAGCAAAAACUUUUUUCAGGAUGGGAAAUUCAUACUUUUUGAGCUGCGCCUGUACAGAGAAAAAAAGAUGAACGCAGCUGUUUUAUAAUAUCCUUAUCAUUUUUUGUUGUCCUCUUCACAGCACGCCAGGCCUCUGCUCGCAAGCUCUGGAUGCUUUUGGUGAGUUCAAUCAAGUUAUAUCAACUUAUUGAGCUUUUUGAAUGUGGAAAUCUGAUAUUUCUAGAGCUAGAACAAUUCUACAAAGACUCAACAGACUAAAGAGUUUAAAAAUGUCUCCAGCCGUUAGCCAGAAAACAGGCUGCAGCAGAGUCUUCAAAUGCAAACAGCUGAAGUGCUUGUUUUACCACUGACAUCAUUGGGUCUCUGAUGGGAACAUUUAUUUGCUUUUGCUAAUAAUAGUUUUUAGUAAAAUGAACUGUGUUGUCAUGUUGUAACUUCCUCUUUCUUUGUCUUUUCUGUUGCAGUCAAAGCAUGUAAAAUGUUUGUCACUAAAGAGAUGUUGCUGCUGGGCACCUCAAUAGGAUACACAGGUGAGGAAGAUGAAGAAAGAUGUGUGAGUUUUAAACCAAACUGCGUGUGCUGAUACAUUCGUCUGCUCUGUUAGGUUUGGAGCUCACUUUUUACAGCGGGGUGUACGGGACGUGUAUAGGAGCCAUGACUCGGUUUGGUAAAGACGCAAAGAGUUUGAUCGGCAUUUCUGGCAUCUUUAUCGGCAUCGGGGAGAUCUUAGGUGAGUCCUCUGUGUUGUGUCUUUGCUUUAAAGAGGGAAAAUCUGGAGGAUCUUCUCUGGACAAUAACUUAUCCCCUGCUCUAUCUGGCCAGGAGGGGGCAUAUUUGGGAUGUUGAACAAGUGCAACCGUUUUGGAAGGAACCCUGUGGUGCUCCUCGGGCUCAUCACCCACUUUGUCGCCUUCUACCUGAUCUUUCUCAACAUUGCCAGGGAUGCUCCUUUGGCUCCAGAGGCAGGAACAGAGCUGCAGGCCUACAUCAUGCCCAGGUAUGAGGACCACAGUGAGGGUCUUGUAAACACAGGAGAGGAAACAGCAGGGCCCUGACAAGUAACCGAAGAUUUAAUUUGUGUGAUUGUUGUAAUCCAUGAACAGGUUUGAGGAUCCUAGUUUAGAGAUCUGGAGCUAAGGCAGAAAUCUUGUUUCUUAAAAAUACAGUUUAUAUAACUGAUUAUGAGAGAUCGCGUUCUUUUAGACGAGUCUGGAGCAGCAGCAAACUUUAAUCUCCUUAAAUGAAACCAUAAAGUCUUCAGUUUAUUCAGUUUGAAGCAGUGCUCUACUGUACUGAUGUAGCAACAGCUUUACAUCCAGUGAUGUGACCAUCCUUUGUACUGGAAAUGCGGAACAUGUUUAAGCAAGAUGUAUUAGAUAAUUAAGAGACCGAUUUGUUCCAUAAAAUGAACCAAAAAAAAAACAACUAUCAGUGCAGUCUUGGAGCUUUGAAGGGAUAUUCCAGCGUAAAAUUAAUUUAGGGUCAAACACACCGUAACACAGAGUUAGACACCCUGUCGAGAGAUGAAUGUUGCCAAAUGCUUGCUUCUCUAGUUAUACCAACUUUAGUAACGACUGCACGAUAGCAAUACACAGAGGUCUAUGGAGCCACACACAAACCUCAACCAAAAAGCCACUCUAUAGCCACAAAUAAUGCUCAGAACAGCACCUAACUUCAUCAACAGUACAUAUAGGGUCCCAGCCAUAGUACUAGCCACCAAACAUCUUUUUAGCUUUGCCUAAUUUCUUUUGCAAAGAGACUAAACACAACUCACCUACUCUCCUCCAGCAGCUGCUUGUUUGUAGCGUGACCUCGGGCCAGUCCAUUACAGACUACAGCGGGGUCACGCAGCUCAAGGAAGAACAUUUAUGAUCAUUAUUUGUGGCUAUAGAGUGGCUUUUUUGGUUGAGCGUGUGGCUCCUGGGACUGCUGUGUAUUGCUAUCGUGCGGUCGUUUCUAAAGUUGGUUUAACUAGAGAAGCAAGCGGUCGGCAACAUUCAUUUCUCGAGGGGGGGUCUAACUCGGUGUUACAGUGUGUUUUGCCCUAAAUUAAUUUUACGCCAGAAUCUCUAUAGUCCUAGGUAAUAUCUGGAAAAUUUCAGGACAGCCUGCCCUGGAAAUUCCCCAAACUUAUCCAAUUAACACUUCCCUCACAAAACAGGGUUUUACAACAGUAGGAUUUGCAGCAUCUCAAACACAUAAUCACUACUUCGCUGACUAUCUCAGUUUUUCAACCAUCUUCUUUUUUCUUUUUUUGUCGCUGCCCAGUGUGGCGGUGGCGUUACUUUGCAGCUUCCUGCUUGGUUUUGGUGACAGCUGCUUCAACACUCAACUGCUGAGCAUCAUCGGCUUCAUGUUCCGUGACAACAGCGCACCUGCAUUCGCUGUCUUCAAGUUCAUCCAGGUGAGUCUAAGACACAGCUCACUUUAAAGGCAACUUAGAAGAAGAUAUUUGGAGCGUAUGUUUAUCGCUUAGCAAGAUUCAUUAGCUCUGAAUGUUUCCUUGUGUUCAGUUUUGCAUCUAAGUAUCAUGUUGUUGUGUUUGAUCCCCAGUCCAUCAUGGCCGCCAUAGCCUUCUUCUACAGCAACUACCUGCUGCUGCACUGGCAGCUUCUCAUUCUGGUUGUGAUGGGUUUUCUGGGCUCCAUGACCUUCUUCAUGGCGGAGGCACAUGCAGAGUCCAGCAGGCGAGAAUCGGACUAUGACAGCAUCUAAUAAUGAGACUGGUGAAGAGGUGCUCCUUCUUCUACUGCUGUCGCCCAGUGAUGACGAUAAUGUUCCCCAGCCUGAAACUGUGAUGAUUCCUGAAGGAUCCAGUCUGUUAUAAGCCUGGUACCAUAAAUCUUUGCAUUCAAAUCAGCUGGUACUUACUCAGAGUGCUACGUGUACUAAAGUUACACAAACUUUUGGUUCAUGCUGGCCUCGCUCUUAUUCUUUAGGCGCACAAAUGUAAAACUGUCGUAAAACAUAAUCUUCAAACAGACUCAGCUGGGGCAGCGGUGAUAGCAGUUUGGUGAUCAGAUUCAAAGCACUGUUGUUUCAAGCCUUAUCAAUGAUAGUACAGAGGUGUGUAAUGGGAUUUUACUGCUGUUAGUGCCUGUAUGGAAAUAUCCAGAGAAAUAAUAUUCAUUUUAAUGUGAUCAGCCUUAAUUUAGACAUAUCACUGAUACAUUUUUAUUGAGUGCUGCCACCCAGGCUGCACACAGUGACUUUAAACAGGAAUUUCUGUAUUCAACAACCUGACAGGUGUGUAUAGAGAUUGCUUGAAUUUGUUGCUUUGGCCCGAGGUGGUGAAACAGGCUACAAUUUCUGAAAUAUAAUCAUGAAAGGAAAUACACUUCAUCAGAGUCCUCCCCUUAAAGUGCAAAUUUUUCCUUUGAUAAGCCGAGAUAUAAAUGAAAUUAAAUAUAUGACAGUUUGAUAGGAUCAUGGCAAUUUGGCACCAAACUCCAUUGAAAAAUGUAUGAAUUUUACUGCACAGACACACGAGUUGCCACAGCUUUGAUCAGUUAGUUUGUAUUACAUGAAUGGGUGGUGUUAGUGGUUGAAUUAGUUUGUUUAGACCCAAACAUUUGUGAGAUAUACAAUUACACAAACUAACUAUUAAGGCAGCAGAGAUUUAGCACUUCCUGCACUCUCAAGUAAUUUUUUAAUUUUUGACUCUUCACACAUGCACUAAAUUGAUGAAAACUUCUGUGUCCUUGAACUGUCAACAAUUUGUCAGAAAUAUUUACGUGUACAAUUGGCUUUCAAAAGAGAGAUGCAACUUUUAAAAAAGACCUUACUCAUAAUCAUUUAAGUCUAUCCCUGUCGAGAUCUUUUUCACAAUCCUUUCAGACACUAAGAUGAAAAUUUGAGCUGCUCAGUUCCAAAACAUUCACCUGAAGUGGAUACAGUUUGAUUCAGUGCAUGUCAGAAAUAGGGCCUAGUUUUGAAAAUAUGCUCUGUGCACAAAUUCAGCUUUGAUUACAAAGAAUUUAUAUCUGGUUUGAGAUGAUCUAUCGUUCUCUUUAAGGGAUGCUGUCAAAUGCUCCGACACACUGCAGCAAAUAUGUUUGUAUCCACUCUCGUUCCACUUUGUCAAACCUGUUCAGCUGCAGUCACAUGCUCUUACAGCCUGAGACGAACUGUAACCAACAUAUUUACCAGCCAAGCUUUCCCUAUAUGGCUCAUCCGACUGAGAGUUUGAUAAAAAGACAAGCUAGGGAUCAGGACAGUCCAAAGGGAAACAUCACUGAUAUAUUUAUUUGUGUUAAAUUCAUUUCUACACUCAUCAGUCUGUUAUGCUGUUUUCUUUUUCUCUUGAUUCUUUUGUACCUUUAGUUCUGUAUAACUUGUUUAUCUCUAAUAAGAUCCACACUGGCUUAAGGGCAACCCGUGACUUUGCAUUCCAGUGAAUGUUUCAUUAUUACAAGCGGGUGACUUCCUUUAGUUCAAAUGAAGAGUUCAUUCGCGACACAGGAGUGAAAGAAAAUCUGUCAUCUCUCUUCCGCAAUAAUCUUUUUUUUUUUUUUUUUUUACCUUCGAAUGUGACUAAGAGAAGUUUUCAGGAGGAAAAGUAAGACUUCUAGAUGGUAGACUGAGAAGCAUGCCAAAGAUUAGUCAGGUUUUUGUUUUUUGUUUUCUGUGACUUGUUUCAUUAUCACAAAUUUUUAGAGAUCUGAGGCCAAACUGACAGCGCUAAAAAUGGGCCUCGAGACAUGUUGUCUUUUCCAGACAGCUGUAUGUAAAGGGUACGGGCACCAAGGAACUAUAUUAUAGAUGCUGUAGGGUUUUUUUUUCUCAUCUUUGAAGUGUCAAUACAUGAAUAUACAUAAAUUUUUCUGGUUAAUUUAUUGCUGCUUGGACAUCAAGGGUAGGGGUUUGCUAAAGUUUCUAUUGGUGUUACAAUGUAUGCAAUCAAACUGAAGGAUAUGAAGGGAAAUGCAUGUGUACUAUAAAAAUUGAGAUUUUAUACUUGAAUGUAGAAAUGAAUGGCUCCCAAACUUUUGCUUGCUUGUUUUUAUUGUCAAUAAAAUCUUAUUUUGAACUGA